AUGCCAGGACUGAGUUUAGUCCUAGCUUAUCCUUUCAUUGCGUUAGUUCGAAAUGAAGAAUUUUUACGUAUUAAAUUGCGGAAGAAGAAAGUUGAGGAACAACCAAAUUAUUGUAUUUUUCAACGACAAUGCCUUAUUAAUGAGUUUAACAACAGACAAAAUGAUUAUAAACGAUUACAAAAGGAAUCAUCAGAUAUUUUGAAUGAAUUCAAACUUAAUUUUAACGAAGAUGAAAUUAGAUUAUUUCAAGAUCAUUUGAUUCGUAUAACGUCGCGAGAGAAAGAGCGAUGUAUUAAAGUUCAUAUGAACAAAUUGGCAUUGUUAAAUAAUGGAAAACCUCUUGGACAGGAUUAUUUGAAUUAUAAAUCACAAUUAGUUCAUAAUCUUUCUUCCUAUGUUUUAACUCCUAAUAAAGAAAGACUUUUGCAACGUGGUUGGAAAUUUUGCAUUGAGAACAAAGUUAGUAAUAUGAUGAAUUUUAUGACUGAAAUUGAAUUGAAUGCUUACACUCGGAAGCCUGUCAUUUCUGCUUCCGUUUUUAAAGUUUUUUGUCGUGAUUUUUAUGCAAUUGCUUCACAAAUGAUGAAAGUUUCAAAGUGUAAAAAUAUCAGGAACGUUAGUGACGCUGAGUAUGAAGCCAUUCAAUCAUUGAAAUCGAAUAUGGACAUCGUUGUUACGAAGGCUGAUAAGGGAAAUUGUAUUGUUAUCCUUGACAAGAAAGAUUAUAUCGGACGUGCUCGUGAAAUCUUAGAAUUAGAUCAAUUUGAAUCGGUUACACCUAGGGAUGGCGUGUUACAUCUACAUAAUAGAGAGAAGCAAAUG